AUGGAGGAUAAUUGUGAUAGUAGUUUGGAGGAUCUUGGGUUUCAAUCGUUCUCAGAAAGGAUGCAUGCGGAUGUAUUUAUUACGUCUAAAGGUUCAUUGAAUGUCCAGGAUUUACGUCAAACGCCUUCUUUGUUCAGCAAGCCAAUCCGGAUAGAUGGGAAUCCCGUGGUGCCUGCCCGAGGUGUUGUGCAGAAAGAACCUAAAAUCAUUAACAUUAUCGAUGAACUGCAGAAAGUCACCGUUCCAGUGCCGCCGGCAACGAGUUCUUCUAAUAUUCACAAUAAUCAGCAUGGGCAGCCAACAAAAUCAGUUUCUUAUGCGGAGAAAGUUCAGGCUACUGUAAACAAGAGAGAAGUUAACUUCAGACUCAUGAAGCCGUUAGAAACGAGAGAAGAUGCUGAUUUAGUUAUUCCGAAAGAGGUGGUUCAGCAGGUACAAGAUAAGUUUGAAAAUGUUCUCUAUGGUUAUUUUUUAGGAACUCGAUUACCAUUCCCUGUAGUAGAAUACUAUGCAAAGAAUGUAUGGGCAAAGUUUGGAUGUCAAAAGAUUAUGAUGAACUCGGAUGGCUUCUUCUUUUUCAAGUUUGAUUCAAGGGAUGGGUUAUUGAAGGUGCUGGAAGGAGGUCCUUGGUUAAUAAGGAAAAUUCCGAUCUUUUUGAGUUUAUGGUCACCAAAGGUUAGCUUGAAGAAAGAGGGUGUUAAAACUAUACCCCUUUGGGUUAAAUUGCACAAUGUUCCAAUUUCGGUGUACACGGAUGACGGAUUAAGUUUGUUAGCUUCUAAAUUAGGUGUCCCGAAGAGACUUGACUCAUAUACUGCUGAUAUGUGUGUAGAGAAUUGGGGCAGGAGCAGCUAUGCACGGGCUAUGAUUGAAGUGAAUGCGGAUGAGGAGCUUAAGGACCAUAUUACGAUAGCUAUUCCUAAGAUGGAUGAAGAGGGAUACAUUAUGGAACGAGUUAAAGUUGACAAGGUUAUCAGGGAUAAGGCAAAGCAAGUUGUGGUAGAUGAGGAAGGUUUCGUUACAGACCGAAGAAGAAUGGCCAAACAAGGUUUUCCGCAAAAGAAGCCAAAGCCUAAAUUUAUGUAUAAACCAAAGGUUAACAAGGAUGCACCAAGUACUUCUGGAACAAAGACGGAUGGAUGCUCGAAUUCUGGACAUCCAACUGUUAAAGUGUCUAACCCUUUUCAGGCUCUAGCUAACGAUAAGGAUGAUGGAGUUCCAGGUUAUGGUAAUGAUUCGGCUAGAAAGGAUGGUGGCGCAGGAAAAGUUAGUACGGUUCAUGAAGAGGUUCUAGAAUCCGUUCCUACUGAAAUGUCUAAAUAUAUGGGAAGUAAUCUCGAUGGCAGCAAAUCUGAGGGGGCAAGCACUCCCGGUUCAAUGGGUUUUAAUGGGUGGAAUUGGACAUCGAAUGGGAAUCUAUGUCAGAGAGGCACUAGAAUUAUUUUGGGUUGGAACCCAGAUGAUGUCGAUCUUAUGGUGCUAUACCAGUCUGAUCAGGUUGUUCAUACUCAGGUCCGUCUAAAAGCUGAAUCCAAGGAUUUCUUUUGCUCUUUCGUUUAUGCUGAAAAUAGGUAUCAAGAGCGUCGUGCUUUAUGGGAGGAUCUUUGUAGUCAUAGUAUUGUAGCUAAGGAGCACCCUUGGGUGGUUCUUGGGGAUUUUAACUCAGCUCUCAACAUGGAAGAUUGUCUUCAUGGUCCCUCCAGUCAUACGAUAGGAAUGCGGGAGUUUUACGACUGUAUUCAAGUGGCGGAAAUAACAGAUAUUAAUCAUCAUGGGUGCCAUUUCACAUGGAACCAGAAACCGAAAGAAGGUAUAGGUGUUUUUAAAAAGCUUGAUCGGGUUAUGGGUAAUAUCAAAUUCAUGGACCUUUUUCCGAAUGCUUAUGCAAAGUUCCAGCCCCCUCGUGUUUCUGAUCACUCGCCGUGUAUUCUAAACCUGCCAAAUAUCAUCCACGCUAAACCUAAGCCUUUCAAAUUUGCAAAUUUCCUAACUUCUAAGGCUGAGUUCAAGCAUCUUGUCGCGGCUGAAUGGGCUAAGGAAAUCAAUGGUUUUGCAAUGUUCUCAGUGGUCAAGAAAAUGAGGAACCUCAAGCCUUGCUUUCGUAAACUUUUACAUCAACAAGGUAAUCUUCAUGAUAAAGUGGCUAGACUUCGUUCUGAAUUGGAUAUUUGCCAGAAGCAGGUUGAUGUUAAUCCUCAUGAUCCAGUAGCCCGUGAUGCAGCCGCAAAAUGUCUUCACGAGUUCCAAGAAGCGGCCUAUGAUGAGGAAUGUUUUCUUAAACAAAAAUCGAAGGUUGAGUGGCUCUGUGCGGGUGAUUCGAAUACCGCUUUCUUUCACAAUUCUGUGAAAAGCCGGAAUGCUAGAAAUAAGAUCUUGUGCAUUAGUGACGUGCAUGGUAAUGUUUUUGAGGGUUCUGAAGUUCCAGCCGCUCUUGUGGAUCAUUACUCAAACUUCUUGGGUAAUGAACAGCCCGUGCAAUCCCUUAAUGAAUAUGAUCUGUUCGUCAACACGCUGAGCAAUGAUAUGGCGACUCAUAUGGUUAGACAGGUGACUAGAGAUGAAAUUAAAAAGGCCAUGUUCAGCAUUGGUGAGAAUAAGGCGCCUGGGCCGGAUGGAUUCACGUCUGCGUUCUUUAAGAAUGCUUGGGAUAUUGUUGGUGAUGAGGUGACAAAAGCAGUUCUUGACUUCUUUGAUAAUGGUAAGCUCCUUAAACAAGUCAAUCACACCAUUAUUGCCUUAAUUCCUAAGAAGGACACUCCUAAUUCCGUUUUAGACUAUCGGCCCAUAUCCUGUUGUAAUGUUUUGUUUAAGUGCGUGAGCAAAAUUAUAACGGAUAGGCUCAAGGGAAGUUUGAAUAGGUUGGUCAGUAUAAACCAAUCGGCCUUUAUUCCGGGCAGAAAAAUAACGGACAAUAUCCUCCUUACUCAGGAACUCAUGCACAAUUAUCAUCUCAAUAGAGGGCCUCCAAGAUGUGCUUUCAAAAUAGAUAUUCAAAAGGCUUAUGAUACCGUUAGUUGGCAGUUCCUUGACUUCAUUCUGCAUGGUUUUGGGUUUCAUCAUAAAAUGGUUAAUUGGAUAAUGACAUGUGUUUCAACGGUAUCCUAUUCGCUAAGUAUUAAUGGUGAGAUCCAUGGUUAUUUUGCGGGUAAGCGAGGUCUUAGGCAAGGGGAUCCUAUGUCCCCUUACUUAUUUACGCUCGUCAUGGAAGUUGAGCAUUCUUCAUCCCAGGUUUGGCAUUCGAUUAGGCGUCGAGCUGAAGAGGUUGAUUGGGUUAAAUUUGUUUGGUUCCCUCAGUGCAUUCCCAAGCAUGCUUUUUUCAUGUGGCUUGUCAUGCGUCGUAAACUUUUGACACAAGAUAAGAUUCUUCAAUGGGAUUUCGCGAGAAGGAAGAAGAUGAAUAUGAUGUGCUGUCUCUUGUGCUAUGCUAAUGUUGAUUCUCACGACCAUCUGUUCUUUGAUUGCAAUUAUGCUACUCAAGUUUGGAUCAAGGUUCGUGAUAAAGGAGGGAUGAGCUCAGUUGGUCCUGAUUGGAACGCUAUUAUUGAUUGGUUGGGGGCUAGGGCUAAUUCUAAGUCAGCGAUUAACUUUAUUAGCAGGCUCCUAGUUGCUGCGGCUGUAUACUUCGUUUGGCAGGAGCGGAAUGCUAGGCUUUUCAAAAACCAGACGAGACCACCAGAUGCGUUGGCCAACCUAAUCUUGCAAACAGUUCGAUAUAAGCUAGUUGGUGUCAAGUUUAAGGAGUGUCAAAGGGUGCGAAGACUUUUGGAAGCUUGGGAAAUCUACAACAACUUGGACGAUAAAGGUGGCUGA